CAAAACAUUAUGUCGUGAAAAGACUUCUCUCGACUUCGGAAGAUAUUUUUGAUAACAAUUUAAUGAAAAAUGAAUCAAUCGAGCGAUUCGUUCUAUGCGACAUUAAAAGAAUUCUCAAUCAGACAAGUUAAGCUUCUGGAAAAGAAACUGAUUUACUAAAGAAAGACUUUAAAUCGAUUGACUUGAGAAAUUGUGGAUCGUCACGAACGAGACGCAAGAUGCGUUCGCUGUAAAGCACCAUUCUUUUGAAUCAUUAUUGCUCGCCGCCACCGCGAUCAACAACAAGCACAUCCCUGAAUCAAGCUUACGACGAGCGUGCGCGACUUGUCGCGCGAGCACGAGUAGGACGCGAGUCGUCGUCGUGGUGUGCGGCCGCUGGCGGAGGGGCCAGAGAGCGCGUCUCCUGCGGAUCACAGCUGGCGCGAACUCGCAGGGGUCAAGAUGUGAGCCGUCAAGGCGUGCGGGGAUGUCACGCUAAGAGAAGAGCUGCUUAGGCCCAGGCCGAGAGAGUGCGGGAACGAGAGAGGGAGAGAACGGUAGAGGUGAGGAAGAAGGAACGAGGAGAGCGACAGAAACGGGGAAGAGACCGGGGCCUCUCGCGCGCACGAGGGGAGAGAACGCAGAAAUGGAGUAAGCUGAAAAAGGGGGAUCGAUCGGCAGCCGUCCGAUUAGCAACGGCAAUGGAGGACACGAGACAGGGCAUUACCGUGGUCUGAGCACACGAAGAUGGCGUCAGGAUUGCCGAGCGCCCAUCAAAGGAAGCUUGGACCAGCGCCGAUAGCAUCCUUCGAAGACCUGUCCGACGAGGUGGAAAACGGGGAAUCGGCGGCGGCGGCGGCGGGGCGAAUGCCGGGCAUCGUCGAGGUCACCACACCGGCAACGCCUGGCAGUUCGCUCAAGACGCCCAGCACGCCGCGCAUCGACAUCAGCAGGGCGAGCAGCUCCUCGCACCAUGAGGAUAGCAAUUCCAGGGAUUCGUCGCCCGACCGGGAGCUCCUCGCAGGUGCGGAUCCGCCGCCCGGCUGCAAGCUGACUCUGGGCUACAAGGAGGACGCCCAAGAUCUCAGGUCCUCCACGGAGGAGCUGGACCUGCAAGAUCCCGUCCACGAGCAGGAUCUCAAGCGGGAGUCGAAGAGGCGGAAGCGGAAGGACGCGGACGGAUCCCAGUCGGAGUACAGCAGCAGACAGCUGGGCCAGGAGCGCGAGCGCAAGGACAGCAACUGCUCGGAAAUAUGUCUGCUCAACAUCAGCGGCAGGACGUCCAGACUGUCGUCGGUCGGUAGCCAGGGCUCCGGCGUCUCCGGCAAGCUCUCGGUCGUGUCGGCGACUUCCUCCAGAUCGCCCAGCCCGCACAAGUGUCUGCUGGAGACAUCGUUCUGCGGUAACAAGCCGACGCUGGCCGACAACCUGAUAGAGCCGUCGAAACCGGAGACUGAUGAUCUUGAGAAGAUACUUCUGAAGCGGGAGGCCGACACCACGAAGGCGUUGAUCCCCGAGAGCAUCAAGGUGUCGAUGGUGGGCGGUAAUCUAAAGCCGGAUCCGUUGGAUAAGCCCAGAAGACGCGGUCGCGAGGAGCGGAAGGAAAUCUUCAAGCGGGAGGUGGAGAUCACCAAGAAAUUCCUAGAAAGGGUAAACAUAGAGGUACCGAUUAUAAAGAGGUCAUUCGAGCAUCAAGAAUCGAGAACGUCGCAACAAUCAAAGAUUCUAGCACAAGAACUUCAGAAGCCCGCGACGCUCGAUUUUAAUGAUAAGCGGAAGAAGACCCAGAACUUCAAGGAAAUCGUACAGACGACACCUACGACAAGUAACCUGACUGGGAGUCCCAAGUUACCGAGGCAUCAGAAGGUACGUGAUCUCGAAGGCUCGCGAACGCCCAGUCCGUCAUCGGUAUCCAGGAAAAGCAGCUUUGCUUCGUUAUUCAAGGGUAGUAGAACCGAUGGUAGCGUAUUGAGCCCGGAAUCGCCAUCACCUAACACAAAGCCACGGCGGAGCCUGACGUCGAAGUUGAAGGACACCACAGAGAGUCUGAGAAGCCGUUCGAAAUCGCGCGAGAGAGCUUCCGCCGACAAGAGCGUGACUCCGAAGAAAGAUUCGAAGAACAAGGGCGUGUUCUCGUCCACGUUAAGCUUAUUCAAGAAGCGUGAGAGAAAGAAAAGUUACGAUGAGGCGAUUGCGGCCUCGUGCAACCUCGACAUGCCGAGCGGAAGUGCGGAGCAGCCGUCCCUCGACAGUAUCGGUCAAGUUGAGUUCACGUUCAACACAGAGAGGGACAAAAGCCGCCAAGACGACUCCAUCUUCAUCAGUUUGCACGCCGACGACAGGAACUACGAGGAGGCCCUGCCGUCGGAGAGCGUCUCGAUACCGCUGGAAACGCCGACCAAGCUGUUGGACGAGUACGAAAUCGAAGGACCGCGCGCAGGCAGCAUAAUUACGGAGGUGUCGAUCGAGCAUCAUCCGGCGCCGGUGUCGGUCAUCGCCAAGAUCAGGACCGAAGCUCAGAUCGAGACGGCGACGCGAAUCGUGCCUAGGAGUUCGUCUAAGGAUAGCCAGCUUCCGCAGAGCACGUCCAAGGAAUCGCAGAUAUCGAAGAGCUCGUCGAGGGACUCGAAGAUCAGCACGCAGGCGAACAAAGUAGUCGAAACGCCGAAGGCAAAAUCGACGACACCGACUAAAACGGAGCUUAAAUCGGAGGUCAAGUCGCCGGACUCGCGAGUGUCGUCCGGCAGCUUGCCGAAGGAGUCCACGGGCAGGAAGCCGGACAUACCGAAGCCGAAGAGGAAGAGCAAAGAGAGUCAGCAGUCACAGCCUGAACCACCUGAAAGGAUAGACGAUGGCGCAGCGGCGCAGCAGAAGAAAGCGAGCUCGAGGGAAGCGCCGCGGGUCGCGCAGGAGGCCAAGAAACCCGAUUUCCUCGACGACAAGGUCGGCAAGUCGCAACAGGACGGCCUGGUGAAAACACCCAGCGUGAUAUCUGACCUGGAUCACAACAGCUCGGAGUCCGAGAGGGAUUCGGAGAUUGAGUUCAUCCGGAACAAGGUCGAGAAACUUGCCGAGGAGCUGCCGGACGAGCGGAAGGGUCUCUUCUACGAGGAAAGUUUCGAGGAGGAUCUUCCGUACGUACCUACGACCCUGCCCCUGGAGAAGAGUGUCGCCAUACCUAUCCUGCCUGUUAAACAACGACUUCAGGAAGUAAGGACGAUUCCCAUCGAGAGACCACGCUCAACGACGCCGAUAAACCCGACUCUACUGGACGAGUUCGUGAUGCAGGCGAUGGACGAGCGUCGCGUGGAGCGAAUGAAGAUAUCGCUGCCGCGGGAGGACAGUUUCAAGCUGAAGAGCCCGCGGCGACAGUACGCCAGCACGGCGAACACGUUCACGGAGUUUGCGGGCAAGGUGCCGCCUGAUGGCGGUCGUAAGGGCGCUACCGCCCAAGGAAAAUCACCCAGUCCACCUCCACUGCCACCGAGAGCACCAGCAGCGAUGGCUGCGGGAACAGCAGCAGCAGCAGCAGCAGCAGCAGCAGCAGCAGCAGCAGCAGCAGCAGCAGCAGCAGCAGCAGCAGCAUCAUCAUCAUCAUCAGCGACAGCGCGGCCGAGCAACUGGAUCAAUUUCGAGGAGAUACCGGAGAAGCGGAAGGCGCCGAAGCGAAUACAGACGAUACCGCGGCCAGACGACGAUAUCACGAAGGCGAUCACCGGCGGCUACAGCUACGUGCAGCCGGAGGAGUGCAAGUGCGAGUGCCACGAGGAGUCGAGGCGGGCGUCCAUGAGGGAGGCUGCGGUAACGGCGACCACCUCGUCCGCCGGCGGCACCGGCACCAGCACCAGGACCUCCUCGUGCAGCAGCAACGGCGAGCGACCGUGCAACGGUGAGAAUUGCACGGCGUCGGCUUCCGGCGGCGGUGGCGGCGGUUCCGUCGACCGCGCUAGUAUCGUCAGUGACAGCUCGCUGGAGUGCUCGCUGAGCAUCGACGACGGCCAGAGCACGCAGGCGCUCCUCGGCAACUCGACGAAGCCCUUCGCCAUGGAUCUCGACGUGCGAUCCAACAGGUCGAGCAUCAUAUCGCAAGAGGAGAACGACGAGAACCAGCACCAAUAAUAAUGCUACUUGCAUAGUGCACCCACGCCUUAGAGUCUUCGGAUUUUCCUUUCUUUCCGUCAGAGAAUGAAUCUCUGAGGUUCCUCCCUUCGACAAGAAUCGGAGGGCGGCACGAUUACGAAAUGGACAAACGAACGGACGUCGCGUCGUCGCCGCAUCCGUCUGGUUUCUUCAGGAAAACCGGGAAGGUGAACAAGGAGCUUCGAGGAAAGGAGGAAUCGAAUCGAGUGGAGUUACAGAGUCGUUUCUACGCUUCUCGGUAGGUCGUAGCGCGCGACGCACACGCCGAUAAAACACUUCCGAUCAUCGAAGACGCACCGUUGUCGAACUGUUCUACAUCAACGACUGCAAUAUCUCGCGGCAUAUAUUAAUCAAACCAUUCUCGCGUCCCGUGUUAAAUCGUGUACUUUCAGAUCAGAUUUUCGCGACAACGUCGCAACCGUUGUAAUUCUUUUUUAUCAACUAGCGACAUUAGUCGCAUUCGUAAUCGCGGCUUCGUAAUCGAAGAGUUGUCUUCUCCGAAUCGUCUUAAAUCCAUAUUUAAGAGGAAGAGAAAUGAAAAUUAUAUAUCGCACCUUUUAAGAAUAUGAAUUUAAGAGUCUUUGGAACAAUAGAAUCACGAUCAAACGGCAUUAUCGUUCUGGUUUGUCACAUGUAUGCGCGUCGGUGCUUCCUUGCGACCGAGGGAGAUCCGGAUGGUGGCUCGCUAACGUUUCUACCGAAAUCUUCAUCAACUAUCGCUAGUUUUCUGCGCCGAGAGGGAAUCGCGCUACCGAAACGUCGGCGAAACGCCCGGGCGUCGCUCGGAUCUCGCCUCUUCUCCGGAACAAACGGUAAGAAAGCGGAAUAAACACAUUAUUUUAUCAAUUAUUAUAUACACGCCUGCGUGAGACGAGGCGAGGUGCCGCGGCGCCCGGGCGGGCUUUCGAAGCUUCAUAUCAUGUAGAUAAGCGUAGAUUUGUAGGUAUGUAUAUUUCCGUGAGCACGUUGAUCUCUUUCACAGAGAUUACAGAAGUUUAUUCAAUGUUGAGCCGGACGAACCGGCGCGAUCAUUCGUUGAUCGAUUGUUUUUUCGAACUUGUAUGAUAACAAUUUACGAUAAAAACGACGACCGUAACGCGGCGCGAGAAAGCCCGGGGAACGGUGCUGCCGGUAUAUUGCACGCUACUCUUUGGACCAGAACGCAGAUGCAUUUACGCUAUAUUACGGCGUGCUAAUCGCCACGCAAUCGUACUCGUCGGAGUACCUCGUCAAGUGCACGAUCGAUCGGAUCGAUCUAACGUUACCGCCGAACGGCGCGCACGGAUUUUUUCCAACUAUCGCACCGUUCGUAUAGUGAACGCUCUUAGAUUUAAUAUUAACGCCGGCGAUUUCUCUCUGUACUCGUCCCAUUCUCGAUCUCUCGUCAUCCCCUUCGCGUUCCGGAGCCGGCUUGGCGAGCCAUCAUUCGCGCGAAUCACUCGCUGAUAUCAAAAGAGCAGCGUAUUCUCCGUCGAUUUAGCUCGGGCUAAAAAUUCCAUGAGAACCGAGAUGAGAUGCGCUUUAUCAAUCGCGUGCGCGUUCCGUAAGUGUCGAGCUCGUACAAUAGAGAAAGAAUUCUAUAUUAUCUACCUCCUGAAACGUACCAAAGAUAAUCGAGUGUCUGUGGAGGGGUUGCUUCGUCUCGCGCGCUCGGAAAGUAGCUCGAUGACGCGAUAGUUUGACCUCUUUUCUCGCACGAGUUUAAUUAUUUCUAGACAGAGGCGAAAAGAAAAGAAAUAACGUGCAAUGAAAUUCUGUGGAAUAAUAUGUGGUUAAUUAAGCUAAUUGUGGCCUACGAUUUCAGGAGCAAAUUCGAUUUUACUCUUCAGUAAUGAAUCCAGAUUCAUAAAAUGGGAGAUUCACUCAUUUGUAAAAUUCAUUUGUGCAAUCGCAAAUUAAAAGCAAUACCUAUUCGAGAUAUUCGCUUUGGACAUACAAAUCGGUUUUCACAAUCUUUACGUUAGAUUCUUUUGGCGUUCCAGUUUGCUGUGUAUUUUUAAUUUUUAUAUGACGCCUCUGACGUUUUACAGGCCGUAUCGAUCCAGGCCAAAUUUUGCUUCUUGUUUACGUGACACUGGGUCAGGGUCGUCUCGUUAAAACAUCAUAAAUGUAAAGACACAGUUUGCUCUUAUCUCCGGUAUUGCACUGAAGUAAUAAUGCCUUGAAUAAAGUCGGUCGAAUGCAGUAGUCGUAUCUCCCAGACAUGCCUUUCUAGACUCUAUUGACUCGCACCGAGGAAUUCGAAACAGCCGAAGGAUUCCACAGAAAUACAAUUCCAAUUUACAUUCUCGGCAAUUUGAGAAAAUUAAUCUAAAUUUAAUUUUUUUACCUUUGCAAGCUCGAUUAUAUUGCAGUUGAUUAAUUUAUAAUGGACUCUCAAAAUAAAAGAUGUAUCGCUACGCGUUGCGAGUAAAAAUACGUGAUGAACCAAAUAUCAUUUUUAUCGCGAAGAGAAAUUUAUUUUUUAGAUAUCACGCGAGAGAGAUUCGGUCAGUUAAAAAAUAAUUAGCUAUUUUUAUUCGAAACCAGACACGCGUGACCCGAUAACCGAAGCUGUCUAAAAUGAAUUAAUUAAGGACGAGUUAAUGGACUCGAUUAAUUAUCGAUGAAAACCGUUCGACUCGCACCGUUACAUCGAUGACCGACUGAUUGCCCGUCUAAUUGGAGAACGGUAAUCGAAUUUUAUUUGGCGUCGGAAAUCUCAUCAUAUAGCACAUGUGUGUAGCGAGUUCAAAAGAGGUCAAAUCAAAAUCUACGCUUUAUCGAGCGAAAUCGCAGAUUUUUUUCACGCGAUUGGCUUAUUUCUUUAUCUCUUCGGUCCGUCUCGUACGUAAAACGCUGUUAUCGAUUAUUUCGAUACUUAACUGAUAAUCGGUUUCGCUCAACAGUUAUGUUCGAUGUCGCUUUUCUAACAUGUGUUUUCUACGUGAUAUAUGAAAAAGCUGUAUUGUGUUCAACGUAAAGCUAUAUCCGACAGAAACAUCUUAUCGAAACGUAAUGUCUGCUGCGUCGAGCGAUUUAAGGAAAAAAAUUGACGAAAGUAAAAUUACUAUUUAUUUCUUUGUAUAACUAAAACUUAUCUUUUUUAGGAACAUGGUUUUCUUCACUCACCAAAGUUUUCCAAAAUGUAUCCUUCUAAUCCUUUCAGGUUCUUCAAACGCCAAAAGAAGUGAAUACAAUUUUGUUAAUUAUUAUUUCGCUUUAUUCUUCGUUUUCUGCUUCGCUCGGCGUGAUUCUCUCUUUCUCCCUCGGAAAUCCCAUCAUUGAUUGCAUAUUGGAAUUGAGUCGAGCCCCGUGUGUCAUCAUUCUGCUUCCACCCUUGUUUCCCCCCCCACACUCUUUUCCGCCCCCCCCCCCCCCGCUCGGACGUGAAGUAGCUAAGUCGAGAAAUGAAUUAAUUGAUUAAUAGAUAUGUAAGCGAUUAAACUAUAACGCGGCGAAUCGAUCGGACGUGCCCGUCCCUUCCCCCUUAUCUUUCUCUUCUUUCGGCGGGGCCGAAGGGACGGGCAAUUCGCGUAGCGGGCGAUCUCGCGGAGACUUGAAUGCAAUUUGCAUGUAGCUAAACGUCUCGUGCAGGAUAAUUUCCUUUCUUUUAGAUUUUGAUGUUUAGCUAAACAAAUUUUCAGAGUAUAUUAUAUAUAAAUAUAUAAAUAUAUAUAUUAUACAUAUAUCUACAUAUAUAUAUAUAAGUGAGCAGGGAUCUGGACAUGCGUAAUUUUUAUGUGUUCAAUUUUCGACGCCGCGGACGCGGAAAGGGAAUGGAAUUAUUAGGAUUAAAUGUGUAACACACUUUUCCAACGGCAAAAGUAUUAGCGAUCGUAAAGCUCGUCGAGAGGCAAUUCGUUCAAAUAGUUAUAUAUAGUUAAGAAAAAUAAGAGAAUUGUGCGAUUGUUGAUUCUAUCUUUAGGAAAGUACUCUUGCAACGGCACGCAUUCACUCGUAAUCGCUGCGAUCUUAUCUCGUAGUAGCUGUCGCGUCGUUUUCACCGCCGCGGAUUAAAGUAUAGGAAAAUCCGUCUCUGGCGUGUCCUGUGGCGGCGUCGGAACUUGAAUUCGAUCGGGAUUAUACUCGGUUUCGAUUCCUGCACAGUCCUGCGCGGCAAUCGAUCGGCUGCGUUUGCGUGCGACGAAACGAAUUGUAAUAAAUUCACGAUCGAAGGCGAGUCGCGCUCCGCGAAAGAUCGAUGUAUUUUCGCAUCAGCGAAACCGUUGAACCCCUUUUUUCCGCAUAAUUUGCGUCGCAUUUUGUCGCGUUUGAUUUGUUCACACAGUACGAUCAUAUUUUAACAUCAUGAUCAGAGAUGGAAAACCGAAAUCAAAUCCUGAAAGUUUAAGAUUCUUGAGAUUAAUUUCUCAGUAAAAAAUUAAAUAUACAAUAUUAUAAAAUUCUCUUAAAUUUAUUUUGAUCAAAAUUUAGAUUAUUCAAUUAUGUUUGUUUAAUUCUUCUAUUUAUUCUGUCAGUUGUAUUCUCGAAGUUUUCCACCUUUUCAACCAUCCGUUGCGCCAACACGCGUAGAAAUUCGCUCGACUUUCACAGAAGCGCGAGUCACUUUCGGUUCGUAGGAAACUGUGCCCUUUUUUCGCCUAGGAAAUAAUUCGAGCGAGCCCCACGGUCGUCCGCAAAAUCCCCGUCGAAGCGCGAUCUUGCCGACGACCCGUGUGACAAAGAGAGAAAAAGAAAUCUUAAAAAACACAAAAAAAAAACAAGCGGAUCUCACACCCCGCUCGCUUCUUUUUCGCGAGGGUGGCCCGUCCCGGCAAAAAUCAUCGUCGAAUUCUUUAGCCUUCGGCGAGACUAAUCGUGGAAGAAUAAUCGUGACCACCCUCCGAACAGUUCGAAGACUUACGACGAAAUUUUAGACCCGUGAUACCUUUUCUAAUCUUUUCUAGGCGAGCGUGCAGAGCGAGAGACCGGAGCGACACGACGGGCAACCCGCUGCCUCGUUUAAUCAUCCGUUUCCUUCGCGACCGCAUUAACGCGCGCGAGAUCAUGAAUAAUACAACUGUUUGGCAUUCGAAGCUCGCAUAUAUUUGCUUAGAAAUCUCACUUUGAACUUUUCAACGCGAUUCAGCAGUUCCCCAGUCUUUGAAUGAGAUGAGAAUAACGAACUGCAGGUUGCCCAUCGCUAUUCGCCACCGACCUCGUCAAAAUUGCCGGAUACGCUCGAGGAAAUUGGCCGCUCUGAUCGUCGUUAGACGAGCAAAUCCGGGAGAGCUCUCCUCGGACGUGUCGGCACGCGGGAGAGAAACGCCCAUCGCCCAUUCCCCUAGCAAUACAUGAUCGUUCGUGAUUAUUUUUCAUGCAAUGUAAGACUAUGACAAAAAAAAAUGGAAUAAAAAUAUUUAAAUGUUUCUAAUGUUAUGUAAAUAAGAUUGUAGGAUCGGGAGUGUGCAUUUUCGAAUGCUGAUGAACAAAUUUCGACCGCGACGGACGACGACGGCGACGAUGACGACGACGAGGACGACGAGGACGACGAUGAUGAUACGUUUAAUCUCAUGUUCAGAAAGAGAGAGAAAUAAAAUAAAAUAAACUGUUUA